AUGUGUCCUGAGGAAAAGCCGGGCAACAAUGAACGAUAUUGUGGAAGUAAUAAAGUUUGCCCAGCUGACGAUAGCUGUAAUGAUAAAACAUGUCGCUGUUUGAGAGGAUACAUUGAGGGUUUGCCAGGUCUUUGUGAUGAUGUAAAUGAGUGUAUUCAUCAACCACAAGACAUUUUGUGUGGCUCUUUCACACAAUGUAGGAACCUGGUGGGCAGCUAUUAUUGUGAGUGUGACAAAGGCUACCUCACGAUAAAUAACACAACUUGGUUUUGUCCCAGUGUCAAUACGAUGGAAAACAAAUGUAUAGUGUCAUGUGCAGCCAAAGUCAAGACAAAACAGCCAUGUCAUGAUAAUCCGUUGCAGUGCUUUUUAAAGAAUCUCAACAAUUCUGCUCUUCCAGCCUGUGUUGAAGACGAAUACAGCCGGAGAGUCAGAAUUGGAAAGUUCCUAGAUGACUUGGGUUCUAUGUUGGCUAAUAGAAACUUCAAGUCCAACGAUAAACGAUUGAAAGAAGUGGGAGAUCUGCUUCGUGAAGUAGAAGUCAUCAUCAGGAAUUAUACUUUUAUGUAUCGGGCUAGCAUAACACAACAUAACUCUGCACACAAAAUCGGACUUCAUGUUCUAGGAAGCAUGCUUUCAAAGAAGAAGCUAUCUCUACAGAGCAGCCAGAGCAGUGUAGAGUUGGAUUGGAGAACUGCGGCAACUGAAAAUACAGAUUUGGCCAUGGUUGGUUUCUUAGAAUAUGGUAACAUCAAUUCCCUCCUGAAAGAUGCCAGAAUUGUUGGCAAUGAUCCCAAGGAUCCGGCCCCUGCUCUCGUCUCUCCUCUGCUCAGCAUCUUUGUAACUCGUAAAGAUACUAAGAACCUUAGUGAUCCGCUCACAUUUUCUCUCAGACACAAUAUACAGGGGACAGACCCCAACAGGACGCUGUGUGCGUUUUGGUCUCACGGAGAUGUUGCUUGGAGUACGAAAGGCUGUCUGAAAGUGAGCAGCACUGAAAAUGAGACGGUCUGCAACUGCAAUCACAUGACAAGCUUUGCCAUCUUAAUGGCUCUGCAAGACAUUGAGAGUUGGUCACUGUCUCUCAUCACAAAGAUUGGACUGUCCAUCUCAAUAAUCUGUCUCAUCAUGUCUAUAAUCACCUUCUGCUUGUGCCGGUCGAUCCGUGGUACACGUAACACCAUCCACACGCACCUCUGUAUCAGCCUCUUACUCGGAGCGUGUUUAUUUCUAUUUGGAAUUGAUGCUACAACCAACGAGGUUGUUUGCAGUGUGGUGGCUGGCCUGUUGCACGCCGCUUACCUCUCCUCCUUCUGCUGGAUGUUACUGGAGGGAAUAGAGCUUUACUUCAUGCUGGUGAACGUGUUUGAUAUCCACUAUCUCAAGAACAAGCAUCUCCUGCUAGUGGGAUACGGCGUUCCUGUCCUCAUCGUCUCCAUCAGCGCAGCAUCCAACCCCAGUGGAUACGGCACCGAAAAAUACUGCUGGCUGUCCUACACGGAUAACUUCAUCUGGGCCUUCAUAGGACCUGUUGCUGCCAUAAUAUUGGUUAAUAGUUGCUUUUUCAUACUCACUGUGUGGAAACUAGCAGAAAAAAUGUCAUCAAUCAACCCAGAUAAAGGAAAACUGAAAAGAAUCAGGUUGCUCAUCAUAACCUCUGUGGCCCAGCUAUGUAUCCUGGGGUGCUGCUGGGUCUUUGGAUUUCUGAUGUUUGGUUCUGCUACUUACACAUUUGCCUACAUAUUCACCAUCCUCAACGUUCUUCAAGGACUGCAGAUCUUCCUCCUUCAUUGUCUGCUGCACAGAAAGGUACGGGAGGAGUAUAGGAAUUGGAUAAGUGCAGUUAUUCAUUUGAAGCCUCCCAUCUACUCGGAAUUCAGCAACAGUACCAACACACAAGCACAAAGCAAGCAGACCAAGUCUACAAACAAGGAAUCCAACUUAUAAGGACCAUGGCUUCCCAACUUAUAGCACUUGACCUCAGCACAAACAAGGAUUAGUAUCAUUUUGGAGUACAGUUACUGUGUAAAACUAUUACUGUGAUUGUUAUAAUGGAGUUUAAGACUGAAGCUAACUCAGAGUUAAGAACGCACCUACGGAGGUCCAGCAGCAGGUACUAGAGGCUGACCCAUAACACAUUAAGCCGUUACACAGCUUCCUUGACAAAAGGUGGUACACCAGUCAAUUCAAAGAAAA